AUGCCUCUUCCCUUCUUUAUCCUUAUUACCUUCCUUCUUACAUCCAGUGCCAACGCCGCACCCACGCCUGCGACAUCCGCAACCACCAUCUCGAUGAAGACUCUUGCUCGCCGAAACUCCAGUAUCCCGAAGACCACCAUCGUGCUCUCCAGCGUUCUUGGAUCCCUCUUCGUCAUUCUCAUCGCUAUCGCCAUCCUUUACUAUCGCUGCCGCCGAUCCAAGGCCUUGCGAGCAUCCUCGCGCCAUCAAUCCGACGUGGGGAAGGAUAGCGAGAUGGCGGAUAGUAAGGACAAUUGCGGCGACUCGAAGCGUGGUUUCUCGCUCCCCUUCCUGUUCCGCACCCGACCUGAGCGCGGUCUCGACCCUGUUCAAGUUAUCGUCGCGCCCUUUGCCCCUUCCGCGUCUUCCGCGCCCACAUCCGCAGCCCCGUCGCCGAGGACGUUCGAGGAGAAACGAGACCCGCUGCCUCCGCCUCCCACCCCGCCGAAGAGCACGCGCUUCAAACACAAGCCACCUUCACUUCCGCUUUCCCCUCCUCCGGCUCUCACACGCGACACCUCUGCACGCAGCAACAAAGAGCUCCCAGCUGGGCCUAGGCGCGAGAGUUACACCGUGCAGCCCAAGAACGGGGACUUCGCUAGCGUGCGUGGGAUCGCGCCGAGCCCCGGCACCACGGGAACACACAUUUCCACAUUCACCUACUCGCUUGCGACGCCCCCACCUGGUAGCCCAUUCGAGUUCGAUGUGAAGCGGGCGACGCGCAUGUCGAGCAAGACGGUCCGCUCCAGCAUUGGCUCUUCCGCCGAGACAGGAACGGAGGAGACUGGCAAGAGGCGACUUUCUGAGCGGUGGAGGGCGCUGGGUCUGCAAGGUGCAAGCGGAGGAGCAAAGACGCGUGUAUGGUCGGGGAGCAUCCGCGCGAGCGCGUCCACAGGCGAGUCGCAAUCCAACGUUACCCCCACGUCGCCAGUGAUGUCGAGCGGGUCGGCGUACAUGACGCCCGAGACAAUGAGCCCCAGCCCCGCGAACAGUCCUGCGGCACCCCUCGAGACGCCACUCGCUACGCCCGUGCUGAACGCGCUCUCCAUACGUGCACCCCCGGCUGGCCUCUCACAGACGCUCGAACAAGCUUCGAUGCACCCGCUCCCCCGGCAAGCGCAGAGCAAGGCUACGAAGCCUCAUCCCCCUGCGCUCACACUCUCCCGCCUCCACAUCGACGUGACCGCCCCGGACGUCCCGGAGACCAAGUCGUGGUUCAGCCCCGAGUCUGCGUCCAUGGCGCAUUACCCGCUCCCGAAGCACCUCGCGCCGACUGCUGCCCUCGGUUCUGCACUCCCCAUCCCUACCCCCGCUGUUGUAUCUGCGGACGCAUUGGCCACAACCGGCCCAUGGACGACUGCGAACGCUAUCCUCGUCGACCGUCGCAUGCGUCCCAGUGCAGCGCGCUCCCACCCCCAAUUCGCUCCCAACCCGCGCGAGAUGGAACGGCGCGCGGCACCUGAAGUGGAUCUCGCGACGACCCCCAGCUCGUGGACCGCCUUGGAUAUCGACGAGAACGAGAGGGACGGCGUCUGGCCGCUCAAGCGCGAGGACUCCCUGGGGACGCUGGGUACGUUCGGGUCCCUGGGCUCUCUGGGCACUGCUGCGUCUACGGGAAUGGGCACGGGGUGUGCGUCGACGCUCACCUCGGCGUCGGAUGUGGAGGUGGUGAACGCGACCGUGCGCGCGAUACAGGCGGUGAAGGCAGCGGAGAUUGGGAGGCAGGAGAGUGUGCGAGAGAAGGCGAAGCGCGAGGGCAGGGAGGAGGCGCGGCGGCGGAUGAGGCUCCGGGACUCGACGGGCAGUGUGGCGAGUCGGCGGGCCUAG